CUCCAAUGUUCGUAUCGAGGAUGGAGUAAAAUACAUUUUCUGUAUUUUACCUGUUGCUUUACCUCCAACCUUCCAAAGGAACGCUCGUUUAAAUACAUUUUCUUGUCGCUGGUGGCGAUAUCUUUUUUUUUUUUUUUGGGGGGGGGGGGGGUGUUUAGUCGGACUUCUUGCAGAGUUUGAGUUUUUCACGUGUUGGAGAUGGAGUCUGGUCCCGAACGGAGAUCUGCUCGGUUCCUGUUGAACGCGUCCCUGCUGUAUAAGGACAAAUGCCCGGAGCUAUCGCGUUUUUUAAUGCAGUUGCCCACGAAGGCCGAUGUGUCCCCGGAGAAAAAAAUCUCCAAACUGCAGCUGGACACUGUGGUGUGUCCGUACUGCUGCCAGUGGCUUCAGCCCGGCAAUCACCGGAUGCGGCUUCGGCCCAAGAGGCGUCCGUCAGCGCGGGUGCAGCGCGCGCAGCGCAGGAAAGCCAGAGGCAAGCGGCUCAGCCUGGCACAGACGUACCUGCUGCUCCGCUUUCAGAGGUCCUCCUCGACACUGAUGGCCACCUGCCACACUUGCACUAAGACAUCCAGACACAAAGGAAUGAACAGGGAUUUUAUCGUAACCCUCGCGAAGACCCACAGCACACCGGGGAGUGCCGGCAAGCACAAGACCCCUCAGUCCGCCAACAGGUCCGGCACGACCACCCCCAAGACCCCCGGCAAGAACAAGACGCCCGGCCAAACACCCAGGUCCUCCACCUCUUCAAACACUUCAGGACCAGGCUCUGCUCCCUCCAAGCCUCCACCUAAGGGAAAAAAUUGGGUCGUCCAGCGUCUCAGCAAGAUCCUCAUGCGAGAAGACAGCCAGGGCAGCAAGAAAGGGGGCUUGAAAGAUUUUCUGUCAUCACUUUGAGUAUCUCCCAAAUGCUCUUUAGUCUUUACCCUUGUCAAAAGCGAGGGAGUCAAGCCCCUGUUGUAACCUGUUUACACCAGAGAGGAGGGGGGGGGAGCUCCAGCCCGACUUCAGUUUGGAAGCCGGUUUGAGGCGGCUUGUAAUUUGCCCACCAACACGGCUGUUGCUGGGCUGGUUGGAAUGGCGCUCCUGGAAUCCCGAAUGCCACAACUGUGAGCACUGAGCUCUCAAUCAGUUUCCGCAUUUUCUGCCGAGACAGACGGCGGGGAAAGGCUUUCUAUCGUCAAAUUAGACCUUCCAUUAAGGGAGCGUUGCUCACAGUAGAAGGUUCAUGGGGUUAAUCAGUAUAUAUUGAUUUACUGAAGCAUCACAGGAAGCCCUACUUUCUUCUGUGAUGUCAUUUUGGGGCAUGGCACGCUGGUUUACAUGCCAAUAUUCUUCUUUAUUGAUUUUUGAAGUUACAACUAUAAAUUUAUUUGAAUAUCAACAUAGCAAAUGGAUACUCUUUUUACUUGAUGUUAAAUCUUUUGUGUCAGGCCCUUGUAAAUUAAUUUGUGAUGGGACAGGCUGACCAUGACAGGAUCACAGAUGUACAUAUGUUCUGUAACGUUUUUGUACGUACAAACAAAUGAUUUUGAAACUGUGCAAGUCACCAAUGAGAACAUUUGUGACAAUUAUCUAAGAGGGGACUCAUCAGUUACUGUUUACAUCAAACAGGCACAUUUGCCUGAUAUGUACCAAAAGACUUAAGGUAAGCAGUGUUGUUGAAACUUAACAUUUUUCUUUUGAUACUUUGGCUAUAUGUUGUACUUAUUUCACUGUUUUCAUAAUAGAAAACAAAAUCAUACAUGUCCAGCAUUUUGUACUGAGUACCUGUCCAGCUGUGGUGUAACUGUUUCAUGAAUCGAGUGUGUGUUUAAGUCCUGAAAUACCUCACAUUGAUAUUCCAACUAUUGUGAUAUUCUAAAAUAAAACCUUUUUGAUCUGUGUUA